UGCGGAUGCUAUUAAUACAUGAAAUGAUUACAUUAAUGAAUACCAACAAGAAUAUAUUAAUAUAAUCAUAUCACCGGCGCCGCCGCUUUAACCUCUCUUAAUGGCGCCGGAGAAUCAACUGUCCGGAAAACCGUUGAUCAUAUGGGAUUUUGAUCGGACGAUCAUGGACGACGACAGUGAUCGGUGGGUGGUGGUUGAAAUGGGUUUGACUCAAUUGUUCAAUCAGCUUCGUCAAACACUCCCUUGGAACUCUCUCAUGGAUAGAAUGAUGGAGGAGCUACAUUCUCAGGGGAAAACAAUUGAAGACAUCACAAACUGUUUGAAUCGUGUUGUAUUGAAUCCCCAAAUCAUUUCAGCCAUUAGAGCUGCUCAUGCUCAUGGAUGUGAUUUGAAGGUACUUAGUGAUGCCAAUCAGUUCUUCAUUGAAACAAUCCUGAAAAACCAUGGGAUUUAUGAUUGUUUUUCGGGUAUUAUCACAAACCCGACUUCUGUUGAUGAAGCGGGGAGGCUUAGGAUCUUUCCUUAUCAUGGUUCGGCUGUGUCUCCGCAUGGGUGUGAUCUCUGCCCUCCCAAUUUGUGCAAGGGUUUUGUGUUGAAUAAAAUCCAAGAUCCGACUUCUCAAGCUAUCAAGAAACGGGUCGUAAUCUACAUUGGAGAUGGCGGGGGUGAUUUCUGCCCAACCCUGAAACUUGGAGGAGAAGAUCAUGUUAUGCCCAGAAAAGAUUUCCCGUUACAUCGUUUAAUUUCGAAAUCUUCAACACCUAUUAAACCAAAAGUUCAUGAAUGGAGCAAUGGAGAAGAACUCAACAAGACUUUGAUUCGGCUUAUAGAUCUUGUUUCACUAAAAGUUUAAACAGCAUAUUGGUGGAAAUCUUGUUUCAACCGAUAAACUCGGUAUGAUUUUUUGUGCAAAUUUGCACAAACUGCAAUGGUAUGUGUAGGUGAAAUUAUAUUCAGUACUGAUAUAUUUGCUUGUAAUUUACCAUAUUUGUGGAUAAAUGGUGCAAUGCCUGUAUGUUUAUGAGAAAUAAAGUUAAUUUUGAUUAUGAUUUA